AUGGAUUCGAUGAGGUCUCUCAACACCUCACUGCCUUCAACUCGGCCUGCACCUCCCGAACAACUCCUUCAAGCCUUCAAAUCCGCCGCCCUCUCCGUCACGAACCUGUACAAGUCCGCCGCGGCAGACCAGAAUGCCAGCCGUCAGGCAGGGUACCAAGAUGCUCUAGAAGAUCUGCUGAGUUUCUUGGACAAAGAGAAUCUCGGUCUACAAGAUGGCGAGGGCUGGAGAGUGAGGCAGUGGGCCACCGAAAGAUAUGAAGGGUCGACACGCCAUCACCAGAUCGAAAGCGACGAUGACAGAAGCGAAACUGGGCAGGGGCAAAGACAGCAAGGGAUCAUCUCAACAGGCGAUCAGUUGGUGGCAACUCCAGCAGCAGUUCAGCCUGGGCCUGCAAGGGCAGAGUCAGGCACGCAAACUGAUGACCAGCAAAGCUCUGUCUCGGAGGAGCAGCCGACGGCGACUGCCAUGUACCACUUUGGUGGAAACACCGCCUCAACAUCGCUUGACGACAUGCUGACCGAUGGGGAAGACGGUGCAUCUACAGAAGCUCAGGCCUCCUCAUCGACAUCAGGGAACACGAGCCGAGCAACUUUUGUCAACAACCGAGGAAAUCGCACACCCCAUAGAAGUAGCAACCAAAAAUACGGAACACGGUCAUCGACGCGAGAGUUUACUUUUACAGCUGGUACGAAGCGCAAAUUUCCAAUACACGACUUCUUUGACAUUUCCAGCAUUCCAUCGAGGGAUGGAUUCGAAAACAGCAAGAGAGGACGGCUUUCAUGA